UAAAACUACUGCACUGUCAGAUUUGAAUAUUCUGAAAUUUGUAUAAAAACUUUUGCGUUAAUGUGGUUGGUUGUACUUGAUAUUUGGUAGCUAAGCAUUCAAGAGCUUUAAGAAUGUCUCCGUUAAAUACUAAUAAUAUUGCACCAACUCCUCCAGCUUGGCUUACGUGCGGCUACUUGGAGCAUAAAUUACAAAUCUAUCACAAUAAUACUAGUCUUAAAAUAAUAAACUUAGAAAUAGUGCCGGCAACAGCGCAAGGUGAAAACUACUUAAGCAUAAUGUGGCGUAUAAAAGUAAGUUACAGUGUACAAUAUAAAAAGGAUAUGCAGACCUCGUCCUAUAUAGCCAAGACAUGCUUUCAAGAUAAUAGCGUCUCAGCAAAUGUAAUUAAUGAAUUUAAUAUGUUUCCGCAUGAAAUGAAGAUAUAUGAAAAAAUCUUGCCUAAGUUAACGGAAAUCCUAAAAGAAAUUGGCUAUGAACACAAAAUGUUUGCAGACGCUGUUUAUGUUGACUAUGAAAACUCGGCGAUUAUUUUUGAAGACCUUUCAACACAAAAUUUUGUAACAGCAGAUCGCGUUACGUGUCUGGACAUGGAACAUGUGAAGGUUGUCUUAAGCACUCUAGCGAAAUUUCAUGCAGCUGGUGCAGUUUUGAAUGAGCGUAUGCCCGGUAUAUUUGCUCAGAAUUAUGACCGCGGUAUGAUGAACAGACGUACUACAGCCUUUCAACCUAAAAUCGAGGGCGUUCUAACAGCUUUAGCUCGUUAUGUGGAAAGUGAAAGUGAUCUUAAAGAGAAAUAUUAUGAGAAGCUCUCUACAUUAAUAACACGUGCAAUGGAGUAUGGUGCACGCGUUUUUGAUGUUAACGAUCAGCAUUUUAUGACUUUGGUGCAUGGAGACUUCUGGACGUCUAAUAUUAUGUUUCGUUAUUCGGAUAAUGUACCAAUAAGUAUUGUACCGGUUGAUUUUCAGUUCUCAGUUUGGACUUCUCCGGCUAUUGAUCUGCAUUAUUUCUUCAAUACUUCACUACAGGAAGACUUGCGUCUCUAUAAGCAACCAGAAUUAAUUCAAUUUUAUUAUUAUAAUUUAGCGAAUACGUUGAGGUCUAUAAAAUAUCAUGGACAUAUACCUAGUUUAUUUGAUUUUAAAAUACAAGUUGAAAUGCGCAGUUUUUUGGCGCUAACAUCGGCUUUUAUUUAUCAACCUGUGAUGAUAUGUGAAGAAACUGAAGAUGCCAGUUUUAAAAAUUUGGUUUCAAAUUCCGAGGAAGGAAUACGUUUCAAAAAAACAUUAUUCCGCAACGAGAGAGUGCAGAAAAAUCUAAAACGACUAUUACCGAUAUUUGAUCAGAAGGGUUUACUUGAUGUUAUGGAUUAAAGAGUAGAAGAAAUAUGUUCCGCUUGCAAUAAAAUGAAUGAAACAUU